GAGCUGUGGAAUCUCUGUCCUUGGAGGUGUUCAAGACCUGCUGGGACAAAGCCCUGAGCAGCCUGGUCCAAGAGUGCAGGUGGAGAAGCCAUGAAUGAAAACAAAUUUCUGAACACAGACUCCAGCACAGGAUCAGUGGAAACAACUGUCAAGCCGUUACCAUUUAAAGAUCCAAACUUCAUUCACUCCGGCAUUGGUGGAGCAGCAGCUGGCAAGAAGAACAGAACUUGGAAGAACCUAAAACAAAUUCUUGCUUCUGAAAGGGCAUUGCCAUGGCAACUAAAUGAUCCUAGCUAUUUUAAUAUUGAUGCUCCUCCUUCCUUUAAGCCUGCCAAGAAAUACUCAGACAUUUCAGGACUCCCAGCAAAUUACACAGAUCCGCAGAGCAAGCUGAGAUUUAGUACUAUUGAAGAAUUUGCCUAUAUUCGGAUGCUCCCUUCAGAUGUGGUUACAGGAUACCUGGCUCUAAGGAAAGCAACAAGUAUUGUUUCCUGAAGAGACCGAAUAUUGUUGUAUAUCGCUUGUGAACAGUGCUAAUUUUGAGAAUCAUGAUGGAAACUGACUGCGAGACUGAGGUUCCUUAAAACUAUCCAUGGAUAUUUACAUCUGGAAGUAGUUGAUGAUACAUGGAGUUGAAGAACAUAUGGAUUUAAUUUUGAUAAAUGCUGAUAUUUGUUAGUUUGCCAAUUUGUAAGCAAUUUGGUUUGGUGAACAGAAUAACUUAGACCUUAAGGAUACCUAUCUGCACCAUAAUGUCUGAGUUACGUUAAUUUCUGUAGAGAUGGGAUUUCAUGUCCACCCUGUAUAUUUUAUGUACUGCUCUGGCUCAGAAGGAACAGUCAUUUGAAUUAAGGAAAAGGUACCAAGGCAUCCCAACUUCUAAACCUGCCUUGCCAGAUGCGCUUGCCACUUGGCUGUGAAGAAGUUUGUCCCAUCUGUAAAAUGAAGCUGAAAUACCUAGCAAGUGCUGCUAUUGUGAUGACUGUUUAUGGUACUGAGCACUGUGGAAACGAACAGCUUCACACAAAUAUUUGCACUGAAGAACUGUCAGCAUGAAUAAAGUUGGACUCAAACUUGUUUUUAAAA